AUGCUCACCACGAAGGAUCAUCAUUGUAUACUGCUUAUUGUCAAAGUGCUAGUUAUCAUAUUCUUAACAUUAGCCCAUAUUCAAUGUGUUUGCUGUGGAAUAACUGACCAAAUUGAUAAUCAAUUCAAUAGCUAUGCAUUUAUUGAACCGAAAUUAUUUAAUGCAAGGCAUAAAAGAGAGAUUCAAUCAACCAAAAUAAAUCCGAAUGGACUGGAGCAUGCCCAUGGUAUUACCUUAAUAUUUGUUGACAAACGACAAGAAUAUAUUAUUGAUCUCAGCCUCAAUAGAGAACUAAUUCCAGUAAACUAUUUUGAAAAACAUCAGAAAGAUGGAGCUCGUGUAAUAAAUAGACCAAAAGCUAACGAACUUGAAUUUUGCAAUUAUAAUGGUAAAAUUCGUGAUUUUCCAUAUUCCUGGGCAGCAAUUUCUACAUGUGAUGGCAUAAGAGGAAUGUUUUUUGAUGGGAUUUCAUACCAUUAUAUUGAAAAUGUUGAACGCGAAUCAGGUGAUAAGUACCAUAUUUUGUACAAACAUGAAGAUCUUAGAACUAAUCAUACCUGUGGAUUUCCUAGUUCACCUGAAUUUACAACUAAUCAAAUCAAACGCAAUAAAAGAAACACGAGGUCUUUGAAGGGACCAUACAAUGAAAACGACAAAUCUAGAUUUAUCGAAUUGGUAUUUGUUGUUGACCAAGAAGAGUAUAAGUAUUUUAACAGUGAACUUUCAAAAGUCUAUCAGCAUACUAAAGCUAUUGCAAAUAUAAUAAAUUCACUUUAUAUACCACUAAACAUAUUCAUUACGCUUGUUGGAGUGGUUGUGUGGACCGAAUAUAAUGAAAUUACAUUAGAGGCAAAUGGUGACACUACAUUGACUAAUUUCUUAACCUAUCGUCGUGAACAUCUUGUCAAAGAUCAUCCUAAUGAUAAUGCUCAAUUAUUAACAAAAGUUCAAUUUGAGAGUGGUGUUGUUGGUAAAGCCUUAAAAGGACCUAUAUGUACUUAUGAAUUUAGUGGUGGUGUAAACAGCGACCACAGUCUUGUACAGGGUUUGGUAGCGACAACUAUAGCACAUGAAAUAGGUCACAACUUGGGUAUGGAACAUGAUCAAGAUGACUGUGAUUGCCCCGGUGAACGAUGUAUUAUGGCGGCUUCUUCAGGAUCAAAGGGUCCAACCCACUGGAGUUCUUGUAGUAUGGAAUAUUUAGCACUAGCGUUUGAGCAUGGAAUGGACUACUGUUUGAGAAAUAAACCUGUUAGAUUAUUUGAAAGCCCAGAGUGUGGUAAUAGUUUUGUAGAAGAUGGAGAAGAAUGUGACUGUGGGACAAAAGAUGUGUGCAGCAAUCCUUGUUGCAAUCCAGAAACGUGUAUGUUUUAUAAAAACGCCACUUGUGCCACAGGACAAUGUUGUGAUUUAAAUACUUGCCGUGUAAAGUUUGCCGGUGUGGAAUGUAGAUCGGCCACACAUGAAUGUGAUUUACCUGAGUACUGUAAUGGAGAUUCAGAGUAUUGCCCUGAUAAUGUGUUCAAAUUUGAUGGAUCCCCUUGUGAAAAAAAUCAGGCAUUUUGCUUUAAUGGAUCUUGUCGUACGCAUGCAGAUCAAUGUCAUUUAUUAUGGGGCCCUACUGGAGAAUCAUCGGCCGAUGAGUGUUACCAAAUGAAUCUUAGAGGAUCACCACAAGGUAACUGUGGUUACAAUCGCCUGAACAAGUCUUAUGUAAAAUGUACCCAGGAAAAUCUACACUGUGGCAUGUUACAAUGUAAGCACAAGAAUGAACGUUUAGAAUUUGGUAUGGAGACUGUAUCCAUUGUAUCACAUACAUUCAUUAACAGCCAUGGAUUAAUGAUACCUUGUAGAACGGCUGUUGUGGACCUAGGUCUAAAUGAUGUUGAUCCUGGUUUAACACCGGAUGGUGCAUAUUGUGGUGAAAAUAAGAUGUGUGUGAAACAAAAAUGUGUAGCAGUGAAGGAUUUCAGAGCACAAAAUAAUUUUUGUGAAAAUGAUUGCAAUGGCAAUGGAGUGUGUAACAGCAAAGGCAAUUGUCACUGUAAAACUGGUUAUGCGCCACCAUACUGUGAUAAUCCUGGUCCUGGUGGGAGUGACGAUUCUGGACCAGCAUCAAGUCCAAACACAUUCAAAGGAUUCAUGACUGGAAUGUAUGUUCUAACAUUUGGGGCCAUUCCACUCUUGUUAGCUGUUUUGUUAUUCGCCUAUUGUUCCAAGAAUCAUCGAUCACCAUCCAACUGGAAUAAAGCUAACCGCAAAAAGCUAUCCAAUGAUUCAGAAGUCGGUAACAAACCUAAUGGUACUGUAUCACCUUCGAGUACAUUAUUGAUAGAUAAUCAAAAACCACCAACACUUCAUGCAGAUCUGGUAGGUAACUACAAAGGAUUUAGCAUCAAACCGUUGGUGCUCAACGAACAGCCAGUUGUCUCUCGGACGCCAAUUAGACCGGCGCCUUCUGCACCUGCCGUAGUUUCCGUGUUGAACGAAAGAGGCGGUAGGCUGCAGAUAAGUCAACCGGUGUUGGACGCUACAACGUCAUCUGCCGUGCACAAGUUGGUGUCGGUACCGUCGAAACCGGCGCCACCCGUACCGACCGCCGCCAGACCAGCGUCGUUGAUGGUGGUAGACAAUAAAAAUAGUGGUGGUGGCGCAGGGGGAGGGUACCCAACACUGCGUAGGAUAACGUCAUUUAUGAAAAAUCAAAAGACCGACGAAAAAAAACACACGAUUCCUCGUGCCAACGCCAAGUUUGACAAGGAAGUGUUGAAAAAACUGGAAAUAUCACAUCCAAUCCUCCAGAAGGAGAUAAACGUACCGUCGGAACCGUUGCCACUGGAGGCGGACCAACACAAAGCUGUCGUGCUCAGGGCGCAGAGCCUGCGCAUCGCCAACAACGGCAAUCACCGGCCGCGUGUACCGAACUUCGGGUCGAUGAAGUGCAAGCGGCCCACCAGUGUUGCCGCCACGACGACGGCUGCAGCGUCUGCCGUCUCCUGUUCAAUAAGGCCCACUUCGCCACCUCCGCCCCGACCGCCGGCUUCGAACCCUGUCCAGGUCCAAGUCGACUACCAGAUACCGCGACCACUUGUGACCGACUGCAGCCGCGAUGGCGACCUACCCGAACAUUUCAGUUGCGAGGAGCCGCUUUCGGAAAACAUCUAUUCGGUGAUCGACGAGCGCCCCGCGGUGGACGUGGACGAGGACGAUUCCUGCGCGUACAAAGUACCCAGGUCGUUGGAGAGUUCAUUGCUGGGCGAGAUCGUGUCGGCGAUACAGGAACGCAAUCAUGAGUCAAUUUACACGAGUAAACCAGCCGUCGAUCAGCCACAGCAGCAGCAGACUUACGAAAACUAUAAGUCGUCGCCGGCCGGUUCGACCACCAGUUCUGGGUACAUGCGCCCCGUGGACGUCAAAUCGCGGGCCGCCUCGUACGAUCAGCCGGACUUGGUAAAGAACUGUGAUGAAAACCGUUCUUUGAACCCUUCGCCGGACGUGCUCGAAGCCAAAAAGCAACCUACAUCCGACAAACCAACCGUACUGUUUCCGAAACCGGUUGUCGGUGUGGCCAGUAAGUUGGCUUUAACAGCUACGGUGGGUCUGAAAAAAAAACUUUCUGACGGUAGUCGAUACCCUUCAAAAGGCGUGGCCAACAUUCAGAAAAGAUUUGAAAACCACGGAAAUGUACUGAAAAACCCUCCGAUAUCGGCCAAACCAACCAUCACCGGCAACAGGUAA